GAUCCACAAAGAAUAUAGUAUAAGUUCAUUUUCUAUCAGCUAUUAGGGAUCUGUUGUGCCAUAACAAAUUACUCUAAAAUUUAGCAGCUUAAACAGUAAACCUUUAUUAUCUCACAUGGUUCCUGAGGGUCAGAAAUCUGACAGUGACCUAGCUUGGUGGUUCUGCCUUGGGGUUGCUCAUGAAGUUGUGGUCAAGCUGUUGACUACACUUUGUCAUCUCUGAAGACUCGACUGCAACUGAAGGACUUGCUGCUAGGCUCACUCAUGUGGCUGUUGGCAGGAGGCUUCAGGACCUGUCCAUGUGGAGCACUCUCUGGGGCUGCCUUCGAGAUGGCUUCUCUCAGAGGGGGUGAUUCAAGAGAGAGCGUCUCAGAUGACCACAGGAUGCCUUUUAUAACCUAAUCUUGGAAAUGGCAUGUGAUCACUUAUUCCGUAUUAUAUUGAUGACAAAGACCUGACCUGGUACAGUGGGAGAAAAGACUACACAAGGAUGUAAACACCAGGAUGCAGAGAUCAUGGGGCCCAUCUUGGAGGCUACCUGCCACAGCUAUUAAAGUUAAGAUAUAGGCUACUCUUCCCAACUCAGCCUUGGAGAGCGUCACCAACUGCCUCAAGUGUGGUGACCUUCACUGUCGUAUGCCAGUGACUCAUCUGGAGUAAUCUCAACAGCCAGUUACCAACACUUGCUCUUGAUUGAUAAACAGAGAAUGGGGCUUUGCAUCUUAGCAAUUCUCACAAUUCUUGUGUAUUCCACAGCAGCGAAGUUUAGCAAACAAUCGUGGGGCCUGGAAAAUGAGGCUUUAAUUGUGAGAUGUCCUAGACGAGGAAAACCUAGUUACAUCGUGGAUUGGUAUGACUCACAAACAAACAAAAGUAUUCCCACCCAGGGAAGACAUCGUGUGUUUGCCUCAGGCCAACUUCUUAAGUUUCUACCAGCUGAAGUUGCUGAUUCUGGUAUUUAUACCUGCAUUGUCAGAAGUCCCACAUUCAAUAGGACUGGAUAUGCGAAUGUCACCAUAUAUAAAAAACAGCCAGAUUGCAACGUUCCAGAUUAUUUGAUGUAUUCAACCGUAUCUGGAUCAGAAAAAAAUUCCAAAAUUUACUGUCCUACAAUUGACCUCUACAAUUGGACAGCACCUCUUGAGUGGUUUAAGAAUUGUCAGGCUCUUCAAGGAUCAAGGUACAAGGCGCACAAGUCAUUUUUGGUCAUUGAUAAUGUGAUGACUGAUGAUGCAGGUGAUUACACCUGUAAAUUUAUACACAAUGAAAAUGGAGCCAAUUAUAGUGUGACGGCGACCAGGUCCUUCACGGUCAAGGAUGAGCAAGGCUCCUCUCUGUUUCCUAUAAUCAGAGCCCCUACACACAAUGAAACAAAGGAAGUGGAAAUUGGAGAAAACACAAACCUAACUUGCUUUGCUUGUUUUGGAAGAGGCGCUCAGUUCUUUGCUGCUGUCCUGUGGCAGCUUAAUGGAAAAAAAAUUACAGACUUCGGUGAACCAAGAAUUCAACAAGAGGAAGGGCAAAAUCAAAGUUUCAGCGAUGGGCUGGCUUGUGUAAACAUGGUUUUAAGAAUAGCUGAUGUAAAGGAAGAGGAUUUAUUGCUGCGGUACGACUGUCUGGCCCUGAAUUUGCAUGGCUUGAGAAGACACACUGUAAGACUAAGUAGGAAAAAUCCAAUUGAUCAUCAAAGCACUUACUGCAUAAUUGCAGUAUGUAGUGUAUUGUUAAUGCUAAUCAAUGUCCUGGUUAUCAUCCUAAAAACGUUCUGGAUCGAGGCUACUCUGCUCUGGAGAGACAUAGCUAAACCUUACAAGACUAGGAAUGAUGGAAAGCUCUAUGAUGCUUAUGUUAUCUACCCACGGAACUACACAUCCAGUACAGAUGGGGCCAGUCGUGUAGAGUACUUUGUCCACCAGAUUCUGCCUGAUGUUCUUGAAAAUAAAUGUGGCUAUACCUUAUGCAUUUAUGGGAGAGAUAUGCUACCUGGAGAAGAUGUAGUCACUGCAGUGGAAACCAACAUACGAAAGAGCAGGCGGCACAUUUUCAUCCUGACCCCUCAGAUCACGCACAGCGAGGAGUUUGCCUACGAGCAGGAAGUUGCCCUGCAUAGUGCCCUCAUCCAGAACGACUCCAAGGUGAUUCUUAUUGAGAUGGAGGCUCUGAGCGAGCUGGACAUGCUGCAGGCUGAAGCGCUUCAGGACUCUCUCCGGCAUCUCAUGAAAGUGCAGGGGACCAUCAAGUGGAGGGAGGACCACAUUGCCAAUAAACGGUCCCUGAAUUCCAAAUUCUGGAAGCACGUGAGGUACCAAAUGCCUGUGCCAAGCAAAAUUCCCAGAAAGGCCUCCAGUUUGACUUCCUUGGCAGCCCAGAAGCAAUAGUGCCUGCUGUGGUGUGCAAAGGCAUCUGAGUUUGAAGCUCUCCUAACUUCUCCUAGCUGGCUCAUGCCCCUGCACUGAAGUGUGAGGAGUAGGAAUGUCAAAGGGAUCCGGCCUCAGGUUUCAUCUGGUAACUUUGCUUCCAUUUCCCUGAUUCUGGGUGGGUGCAAAAUGCCCAGAAUUUUUUCUCCUCAAUCCUCCCCCAUUCUCCAGCCACCAUUCCCUUUCCUUUUCCUUUUUGCUUGCCUCUCUUCACUGUGGUGUGGGGUGUUUUCACUACUCUCUUUUCCUCUCUCUCUGUCUUGCUUUGUUGCUCCCCAUUCUUUGUCAAUAAUCUGAAGAGCAAACUAAUCAUUCGACAGUAGAUUUUCACGUCAUCUUGAAGAACAUUCUGAUUCCCUCAGGCAGAAUGUCAGCCGUAAAUCUUGUUCCCAACAUGCCAGAAUUUAUUUUAUUUAUAUAUAUAUAUAUAUAUGUAUGUAUAUAUAUAUCUCAAAGGUGCAUGCUACCUUUUUUACUCCUGGCUAAUUUUGGGGGUAUUUCU